CAUCCUCAUCCUCAUCCUCAUCCUCAUCCUCAUUCUACCCAGGUCACAACACUCGAUACGCAGCCAUCGUGACUGGUAACAUCAUGAGCAAAGGCAACGCCAAGUACGACCACCCUCCAUACACCCCGAUGCCCUCGCUAGGCCAUGAACUAGGCAUCAUGUUUGGCUUUCUGGCCGCAUGCGUGCUGACUGUCGGCGUAUACUACAUUUUCUGGCAAGCCUCGCAACAACGCGCCGCUGCUCGCGACGAUGCCCGGCGUAAAGACCUGCGUGCCCGCGGCUUCCAUCACGAACGAGGCGGAUACCACGACAAAGCGCUGGGGCGAUAUGCGAGCCGGGACCCGGUUGCGCAGACCCAGGGACAAACGCUGCAGUUCUUGACUGAGCCGGGUCAACUGGAUGGUAAUCAUAAACUCGCAGGCCCUGGCGUGGAUUCUGUCGCCCACGAAGCGAUUAUAUUGCGUGCCGAGACGUGCAGUUCAAGAGGGGGGAGGGUGGAUGCUUCCUCAUCGCCGUCUUUUGAGGGUCAGGAAAUGCAGACAUUUUCGACGGAUGGCGAGGCAAGCUCGAGGAGUUUGUCGGCUGUGCAUAUGCACAGGGCGAGGGAUUUGUUUUGACUGUGUUCACUCCAAUUGCUCUCUUUACGAUGACAUGAAGAUACCACCCCUGCGCUCAUGAUUUACGCAUAACUAUCAUAUCAAUCAACAAAUCAUCAAAUGUUCA